UUCGACUUGAUAAACGAAACUGAUAUAAACGAAAUUCAACGACCUUUUCUUCUAAGGCCGUGUUGAGUUCAUUAAUAUAUUUAUCAUUCUGAUAACCAAAAUUUAGAUAAUUCACAUCAAUAAUAAUAAUAAAUUAUCCAAAAAAAUUAAGUAUUUUUUACAAAAUGACUUUAAUUCAGCUUAUGACAAAUAUGAAGAAGUAUAUUAUUCCAAAAGUAUUUUAUAUGCAACUUCAACCAUUUAGUCAUAAUGAUAACGAUUUAAAACUGACAAAUGAAUGUGUUCAGCGCCUUAAAGAAGUAUGUAAUGAAGGAGAAUUUCUUCGUCUUAGUGUUGAAGGAGGUGGUUGUUCUGGAUUUCAAUACAAGUUUCAAUUAGACACUUCUAUUUCUAAAAAUGAUCUAGUAUUUGAAAAACAAGGCGUUAAAGUAGUUAUUGACAUAAUAUCCUUAGACUUUGUUAAAGGUUCAACUGUCGAUUAUGAACAAAAACUAAUUAGAUCAGCCUUUAAGUUAGUUGGCAAUCCAAAAGCCAAAGAUGGAUGUUCAUGUGGUGCAUCAUUUUCUGUUAAAGUAGAUUAAACAUUAUGAAUUUAUUUUAUUAUUUUAUUAAAUGUAUAUAGUGAGAUGUAUACAAUGUAAAUAUAAUUAAUUUGUAUAUUUUUUAUUAUUAUAGAGAAAAAAUAUAGUUUUUUUUU